GAGGCUGAAACUUUGUACCCAAAGAUUAGCUGAAUCGCUUGCAAAUCGUGAUUGAUUUCGAUUGCAGCCGGAAUGGCAAGUGGGCAGCGGUACCCGGGCAAAGUCGUCAUAGUAACAGGGGGUACCAGCGGCAUUGGCGAAGGCAUCGUGAGAGAAUUUGUUUAUCAUGGAGCCAAAGUGGUCUUCUGUGCACCAGCAUCAGAAGAAGAAAAAGGAAAAUGUCUUGAGAGGAAACUUGCAGAAGGUGGUGGAUCUGGAGAAGGUUGCUUUGUGGUCUGUGAUGUCCUCUGUGAAGCAGACAUGAAGAGGUUGGUGUCGAUGACCAUAGAACAGCAUGGACAACUAGAUUGCCUGGUGAACAAUGCUGGCGGGCAUCCCCCCGAUCAAAGAAUCGAUGAUGUGUCUGCCCAAGAAUUCCGCAAUCUCAUGGACCUCAACAUUGUCAGCUGUUUUUUAAUGGCCAAGUUUGCGCUGCCCUACCUCCGGAAAACGAAAGGAAACAUCAUUAAUGUUGCGAGCAUCGUUGCUCACUUUGGGCAAAAGUUAGCUGUACCAUAUGUGGCAACCAAGGGUGCUGUGGUUGCGAUGACUAAAGCUAUGGCUAUAGAUGAGAGCCAAUACGGCGUCAGAGUCAAUAGCUUAUGGGACGGAUGGGGACUCCGGCAGAGUGUGCAAAAGCUGCCCUCUACCUCGCUUCAGAUGCUACGUUUUGCACAGGGACCAACCUUUUCCUCAGUGGCGGAGCUGAACUUGGCUAUGGGAGGAAGAGCCACCAAGACCCCAAUUCUGGCUUUGACAGCUAGCAAGAGCCUUCUGAGAGGGGACAAUUUUCGCAAAUUACAAAUUCACAUGGGGAAAUCUACUCGAGCUGCACUCUUGGCUUGCUUCGUGAAAUUGAAGUGGAACAGUUCCAUUGCUGCAUUGAUUUGUGGUAGUAAAAAAUACUGUAUUCGUAAGAGCUCUGGGACCUGUUGAGGCUUUAAUAAAUUCUAAUCCACCACAAAAAUGAAGAGGUUUUCCUUUUUCUUACUCCAGAAAUCUGCCUUGGUAGGCAGCAAUACUUCAUUGGCAGAACAGCUGGUCCUUAGCAAGGAAAGGCCUGGCAUGCCAAAAUCAGGAUGCCACCCACUUUCCCCAUUGAUUGGCAUAACGGCAUGAUCAAUAGGGUAUCUUCAUGGCAAGAAGCCAAAAGAUCUGUUUCCUGCUUGCCAGAGUUUCACUGCAGGUUGCAAUUGGCUGGUUGAGGGGAGGAAAAGGAUAUGUGGAUGUGUGAAUGCAUGAAAUUAUGUACAGGGCUGAAAUAGUAACACACCCGAACUACAGUAUACUGCAACGGAAGGGAAAUCAGCACUUCAGACUCCUGGGAAUGAUGGACCUAAGAGAAUUGCCAACUUGUGUCCUUAAUCAGUCUCUAAUUCCAUUUUGUCCUUCUGGUGUACCAGAAUUCAACAAUAAAAUGCUAAUAACAGAA